UCAUUUCUGUCCGUCCCCUGCUGGACAAAGAAAAUACAUACAUGAAGUAACAUGGCCUUGACAACCAACACUGUUUCUAACAAACAAAGACAGGUAGUUAGUCAUUCAUUCAUAUAAGCUAGGCCACGGUAUAUCAGUAGUUUUGAACAAAUGUGAUUGCCAACGUUUCUACAUUUGGCUACUGAUACAUUUCCAAAACUUCAACUUGGAUUGUCGUUUGGCUAAGCUUAUUUCGUUAAACGUUAACGUCACACGUAUCGUAUCCUAGCUGUUGUUGUUAGCUACGCCAGCAUCAUGAAGAACUUUACUACUGAGCGCUUAGGGGAUGCAUAGAUGCUAGCCUGUUUUUGUUGCGUUAAACACAAUCAUGAAUGCUAUUGUGAGACAGCACUUGGAUGGUUCCGAUGGAUACUCUCACGGAGACAACAUCAAUAUAUCGAAUACGACGGUCGACCUCAAGAAGACAGACUUUCUCCGACAAGUUGGACAUCUGCAAAAGCAGUUCGACAAGAAUGAUAAAGAGAUAUGGCUAAAAAUCCACUGGAAGAAUGGCCUCGAAGAUUAUUUCUCUGACGUUAAAGAGUUGGAUGAAAGACUUCAACACGACCUCAACAAUGAAAGGUUGAGAGUGCAGCAACAACUUGUGAAAUUGCGACAUGGAGUUGUCCGGUUCCAGGGACAGCUCACUGAUGUAAAGCCCUCUACGGAAUUGAUUGAGAAACUGAAAGAGAUCAUGGCAGAGGUUGAAACUUCAAUCAGCACCUUUAAAGAAGAUCAGCAUCAGAGCUUUGAAGAGCUGCUGAAAGAGGAGAGGGUCUGCUGGCAGGAACUCUCUGCCCUCGAGAAGAAGAUGGAGGCCUGGCCCUUGGUUGACAAAACUAACCGUGUGCUACAUGCCACUUCGUUAGGAAAGGUGCAUGUUACCCAAAUCCAGAAUGAUGCUCUCACUGAAGUGAAGGCCCUGGAUACAUAUCUUCAGCAAACAGGGGGUCAAUAUGGUGGCUGGGAUCAGUACGACCAUCAGAGUUUUCUCCAUGUAUGGACCAAGUAUGGUGGAAAACAGUCCUACAUCAGAGAGGCCAUGGCCUACCUGCCAGCCAGAAAUCAAGAGGAGGUGCACCAACAUGAAGCAUGGUACCUGAAGCUCCAGGAUCUGCAAGAGAGCAAAAAACAGGCCAUCCAUAAGUGGAGGACAGAAAGACAGCGGGAGAGAGAGGAAAGUUUGCAGCAGAGACAAGAGCUAAUGGACGCAGAGAGGAGAAAGAGGGAAGAGAUGGCACAGGAGCGCCGCCGUCGGGCCGAUGAAGAGCAGAAGGAGGCAGCCAUUAGGCUUGAGAUGUGGAGGAGCCAGCAGCAGCUCCAGCAGGAGCAAGAGAAGGAGCAGCGGCUCAAGGAGGAGGUACUCCGCAAGAGGAAGAUCCAGGAGGAGCACAGGAGACAACAGGAGGUUAGGCUGGCUGUGAAGGCUUGUGUACAACAGAAAAAGGAGCAGGAGAAGCAACGGUUGGCAGAAAAGAAGACAAAGGAACAAGCAGAAAUGGAGGAGAAGAGGAGAGCAGCAGCCCAACUCAUCCCGCACUUUCAGGAAAGGGAUCUGCACAAGCUUAAAACACAGCUGUUGGAGAAACAACACAAAGAGGAGGAGCACCUGGAGAAGCAGAAGAGAAUGGCCAAGGUUAAAGAAAAGGUUGAAGCACACAUCACCAGAGAUCAAGCUCGGGUCUGUAAACCCACCAAAGGAUGGGAGGAGCAUACCAAAAACAUCGGACCAACAGGAGGAGGACCUGUCUAUCAGAUAUUCCACAGGGCAGUUCCAAGCUGGAGACAAGGUUUAUAGACUUCUGUUUUCAUAUUUUUCACAGACACAAUAGCUACUAAUCUAAUUAAAAUGAAUUUCAGUUUAAAA